GAGCCUGGCGUCCCCUCCAGCGUCCGGCCGCGCCCGUCCUCCGAGCGGCCGCAAGACAACCGGCCGUCUCCGCGGUGCCCGCUGCCGCGCUCCAGCCCCGGUGGAGUCCACUGCACUGCGCCCGGGAAGCCCGCGCGUCCCCUGCUCCCUCCCCGGCGUGGGGGCGUCAGGCUCGCGCCUGCGCGCGGCAGGAGGGGCGCGGCCCAGGACCCCCGACCACAGCGCACAGCUGCCCUGUGCGGGGCGGCGGGUCGUCAUGCUUCCCUAGGCUCUAGGACCCCACCGAGGCGGCGGCUGUGGGUAGCAGGAGUGCGGGCCACUCACGCUGCGCUGGGCCAUGGCGUUCCUGACUGGGCCUCGCCUGCUGGACUGGGCCAGCUCGCCGCCCCACCUGCAGUUCAAUAAGUUCGUGCUGACCGGGUAUCGGCCGGCCAGCAGCGGCUCCGACUGCCUGCGCAGCCUCUUCUAUCUGCACAACGAGCUGGGCAACAUCUACACGCACGGGCUGGCCCUGCUGGGUUUCCUGGUGCUGGUGCCGAUGACCAUGCCCUGGGGACAGCUGGGCAAGGAUGGCUGGCUGGGGGGCACGCACUGUGUGGCCUGCCUGGCACCCCCUGCGGGCUCUGUGCUCUAUCACCUCUUCAUGUGCCACCAAGGGGGCAGCUCUGUGUACGCCCGACUCCUCGCCCUGGACAUGUGUGGGGUCUGCCUUGUCAACACCCUUGGGGCCCUGCCCAUCAUCCACUGUACCCUGGCCUGCAGGCCCUGGCUGCGCCCAGCUGCCCUGGUGGGCUACACUGUGCUUUCAGGAGUGGCCGGCUGGAGGGCUCUCACCGCCCCCUCCACCACUGCCAGGCUCCGGGCCUUUGGUUGGCAAGCAGGUGCACGCCUGCUGGUGUUCGGGGCCCGCGGACUGGGGCUGGGCUCAGGGGCUCCAGGCUCCCUGCCCUGCUACCUGCGCAUGGACGCACUGGCACUGCUCGGCGGGCUGGUGAACGUCGCCCGUCUGCCAGAGCGCUGGGGACCUGGGCGCUUUGACUACUGGGGCAACUCGCACCAGAUCAUGCAUUUGCUCAGCGUGGGAUCCAUCCUCCAGCUGCACGCCGGGGUGGUGCCCGAUCUGCUCUGGGCCGCCCACCAUGCCUGCCCACCGGACUGAGCUGCCUGCCCCUAGGAGCCAAUGCCGUGCUUCCUUCCUGCUGACUUCAAGGGGCUGGCUCCUUGGCACACAGACUUCCUCCUGGGAGUAGCUGUCUGUCCCUCCAUCCAUCUCUGUGGACUGACCAAGUCCCCCACCCUUGUCUUGGAGCUCUGGCUUCUGCUCCCUGUCUGGGUCCUGUGAGGGCUCAACCAGACCAACUGGGGCGCUUCUUGCUGUGAUUGUUGGAGUCCUGCCAGCCUGGAGCCAUCACCUGUCCUGACCCUCCCAUGAGGCCUCUCUUGGCGCUUGGGCCAGCCUCCCAGGCCACACUUCCUGACUCACACAUUUCUGCCCCACAAGCCCACCCUCUCAACAGCCGGCUCGCUCCACCUCCCUCCUGUCCAGGAUAGUGAGGGUUUGAGGUAGCAGGACCAGCCCCCUCAUCCAGCACCAAGUGGGUGUUGGCGUUUCUGUCCAGUGGACAAAGUGGCUCAAGGGUGGCUGCUGCUGCUUCUCCCAGGCAGCUGCCACAGAUGCACAGGGAGUAGCCAGGGAGGCCCAUCUAGGCUGAGUCUGCCCUGU